UCGUGCUUCCAGUUGCUUCGCAGCUGCCGCGAGCGUUUGUCGCAUUAUCCAUGCGACACCGCUUUUUAUCUGUUAUAAUAUGGAUAUACAUCACAUCCGCGCUCUUGUCCAUAUUCAGUUUACAUAUUUGUGGUUUUGCGAAGUGUUCGACAAGUAUAAAUGGAUUAUAUUAUAAAGUGCCGCAGGAAACGUUUAAAUCUGUAAGGUCCGCAUUGGAAUUUAUCGUACGGCUAGCCGAGCGUUCCGACGUGUUUGGCACAUGAAGUCAACAGUGUGAUCAAAUUGCGGUGCAAAUGUGAUAAUAUUCUAGUGUAGUGACUACUUAUUUAUAUAAAUUAUAUACAGUUAUCCAUUGAAAGAUGGAACGUUACAGAACGGGCAUGUUUCGAUUGUGUGCUUUCUGGUUUAGUAAGUUGAACUAGUGAGUAGUGAUAUAGGUCGGGUUCGGUUAGACGCUAGUUUCAUUGACGGAGUAUGCUGAUCAAUACGUACCUGGACACGGAGGAUUUCGUGCACCUGUACUAUCCAGAAGAUGAGCCGCCGGCUGCACAAGGAUGCGGCGCGGGCGCACGCCUCGCUUCCAAGUACCCACGACCACCGUCGCCUGAAUUUCAACAGGUGGCAGUGACGUCGAGCGACAUGAGCGAGCGCGAGCGGUACCGCACGCCGCCGCAGCCCGAGCCUCCACCGCAUCGCGUGCGCGCCUCCGACCUCUACCCGCGCCUGCGCACGCACUACGAUGAACCUGGACUCGAUGCCGGGUUCUCGCCUAUAUGCGGUGAAUUUAUACAGUGGGUGGGCCGAACGGCCGAUGGCGGCACAAUCGCGAUGUCCAACUACAGGCUUCACUUGCAACCCCGUCGGAGAAGCGGCCCCGGCGCUUCAGUACCCCUGCGGCUGAUAGACGCCCCGGAGAUCCGCGACCUACUCUGCCUUAUCAUAUUAUGUAAACACGGCCGUCAACUCAAAUGUACAUUUAACACAGGCGAGCAAUGCAUAGAAUGGUGGAGAAGACUGAACAUGGCCUUAGUACCUAUCAGCUCCCUGCAAGAGACCUUCGCCGCGGCGUACGCAGCCUGGGCCAAGGAGCAGCCCCCGACGUCCGUCCACAGAGCACUCAUGCGGGCAUCGCACGCGCCGCAACGAAGUUGGUUCGGACCUGAGUUGGAGAGGCUCGGUUUCACCACUAAAGGCGCGUGGCGUGUGACGGCCGUAAAUUCGGAGUACAAGUUAUGUCCCUCCUACCCACCGCUGCUUAUCGUGCCUGCUUCCAUCUGCGACGAGGAUCUAGACUCCGUCGCGAGGUUCCGCGCAAUGCGUCGCAUCCCCGCCGUUGUGUGGCGGCACCGCGGCUCGGGCGCGGUGAUCGCGCGCUCGUCGCAGCCCGAGGUGGGCUGGUUCGGCUGGCGCUCCGGCGAGGACGAGCGCCUGCUGGCCGCCUUCGUCUCCGCCUGCAACCAGGACCGACCCACUCCUAACAAACAACUCAAGCUGCUGAUAGUAGACGCGCGCUCGUACGCAUCGGCGGUGACGAACCGCGCGCGCGGCGGCGGCUGUGAGUGCGCGCAGUACUACCCGGCCGCGGACAUCCAGUUCAUGAGCCUGCCCAACAUCCACCACGUGCGCAAGAGCUUCCAGCAGAUGCGGGACCUCGCCGCCGAGCCGCCGGAGCAGCCCAACUGGCACAGCAACCUGGAGCGCACGUUGUGGCCGCAGUACGUGUGCGGCGUUUUACGCGCGGCGGUGGCGGUGGCGCGCGCGGCGCACGCGGGCCGGCCCGUGCUCGUGCACUGCUCGGACGGCUGGGACCGCACGCCGCAGCUCGUGGCCGCCGCGCAGCUCAUCCUCGACCCCUACUACCGCACGCUGCAGGGUUUCCGCAUACUCGUCGAAAGGGAGUGGCUCGACUUUGGGCACAAGUUUGCAGACCGGUGUGGCCACCAGUUCGGCGCGGAGGACCCCAACGAGCGCUCGCCCAUCUUCCUGCAGUGGCUGCACGUCGUAUACCAGAUGAUGGUGCAGUACCCGUGGAGCUUCGAGUUCAACGAGGCCUAUCUGAUAAAGCUGGCUACACACGUACACUCGUGCAUGUUCGGCACGUUCCUGUGCAACACGAGCCGCGAGCGCGCCGAGUGCCGCGCGGCCGACACCACGGCGCAGGUGUGGCAUCUGCUGCAGGCGCCCGCCUACCGGAACCACCUCUACUCGCCGCACUUGCAGCAUGACCAGGUGAUAUGGCCGGAGUGCAGCGUGCGCACGAUGCAGGUGUGGUGGGGGCUGACGCGCGGCGAGCGCGAGCCCGCCGCGCGCGAACCGGCCGCCGCGCCGCCCGCGCCUGCGCCUUCGCCUCACCACAAUGGUUUAAUGACGAAAACUAGAUCCUGUGAUAAUCUGUUAGCUGAGGGAGAGAAACGCACAGCACAAAGACGAUGUAGCGAUCCCAGCCUGGCGCCUGAUGUCAUGAAGCUGUCGCUGGCAGUGAAUGGCACAAGCGCCGUGGACAGCGAGCGCGAGAGCGAGGCGAGCGUGCGCACAGAACCGCUGCGCUCCGCACUCACAGACAGCGGCGUGGACCAGCUACGUGCUGAUACCGACACUGACACGGACCAGGUCGACGGCCUACAUCCUGACCACUUCGAGAACAAUCGAUUGCGGGACAUCACCAGCAACUCGUCAUCACUAGAACGCGAAAUAGUGGCCGAGCCCACGGCCACGCUGGAAGAGGAUAAGCCUGAAAUUACUCCCAUCGCUAUGGGAUCGAACCACGUGAUAGUGAAUGGGGAAGCCGAUAUCGCGGACAGUGUUCGAGUGGCGGACGUGGAUACGCCUGAGGAACCGCCGGUUUUCGUAUGCGACACUUACACUGAUGUUAUAGGCAUGGCCGAGGCAGCAAGAGAAUCCGCAAGGACGCGAAACAUAAGCAUAACGUGGCGAUCCAUAUCGGAGUCCAGUAACCAAUCGUCCACGGGCUUCGACAUCCCGGAGAACUCUCCCCAGAACCGCCUCGAACCUGCGACCCUUCGGCUGCAGGAGAUCCCCGUAGACAACCACAACUCCACGGAGGGUGAUGUGGUCAACCACAACGUUGUGAACGAACUGACGAACCACAACAGGGAAGUGAACCAAGUGAGCAAUGGUGCUGUCAACGGCUUGGAAGAUGUUGCUACCAAGUUCUUGGCAGUUGAUUUGAAUGGUGGUGCGUCGUCAAGCGGCGCCAGCUCAGAGAGCGAGGGUGAAGGCGCGGCGAGCUGCAGCACGCGCGUGGCGAGCCAGCUCACGCUGUGCCCCGCGUCGCCGCGCCGCGCGCCCUGCCAGGCGUGCCCGCACUGCACCUGCGUCUGCGCCAACGGGAACGGAAGCGGAGGUAGUGCAACGGAGCCGUCAUCGUCCAGCAGCGCGUGCUGGUGUGGCGCGUGCGGCGCGGGCGCGCGGGGCGGCGAGGGCGGUGGCGAGGCGGGCGCGACGCGUGUGCGCUGCGUGUGCGGCGCGGGCGCGCGCACGCACGCCGACUCGCUGGACGGCCUGCCGCCCGCCGCCGACCCGCUGCAGGCACGCCUGCACCAGAUCAUACUCUACCAGAAGAAAGUGGUAGAAGAUUUACGAGGACAGUUGCGUGAAGCACGCGAGGCGCUGCGCCGCGCGUCGCCCGCCCCGCCGCCGCUGCCCCCGCACGCACAGGCGGCGGGCAACACCAACGGGAACGGCACCGCUCGGCGCAGCCUGCGCAGCGGCAGCAGCAGCGGCGCGGCGAGCGGCAGCAGCAGUGGCAGCGCGUCCGAGGUGGAGGUGGGCGAGGAGGCGCGCGGCGUGCUGUGGCUGCCCGACAGCGCCGCGCCUCGCUGCCAGCACUGCCGCAAUCAAUUCUGGCUGGCGCGGCGCCGCCACCACUGCCGGCGCUGCGGCGGCAUCUUCUGCGGCUCGUGCUCGGAGAUGAGCCCGUGGGGCGACAUGGGCGCCGUGCGCGUGUGCCGCCGCUGCCGCGCGCUGCGGUGACCGCGCCUCGCGCCCUAGGCCCCUCGCACCUCUCGACUGCCCCGCUACACUUGCUACUACCGACCUUGCUCUCAUUUUUUCACUUUCCUGUACGCAGAUAUCGCGCCAAACUUCUAGCACGUUCUGAGCCCCAAUUGGAACUAAGCUAAGGUGUAGAAUGCCCUUCGGCUUAGAUAUAACCUAAAUAUGUACCUUCAAGGCUCCAACAUAGACCUCAUCUUUGCUUUUUAUUAAGCAUGAUUGCCGCUAAGCGCAAGCCAACCUUGCAAUAAAUUCGAUUCAACGUGCUAGAAGUUUUGCGAGGCCUGUGAGUGUCCAUUAAUUGCGUCACACGAUAAAAUAACAGAGCGUUUCAUACCCACUCCUAAUUCACAACAUAAUACAACACCCGGCAGGAAAGAGAUAAUAAUAAUCGAUAGCUGUCGACGACCACGGUGUCGUAGUGUUGUCUCUGGCCAUAUCUCUGUUGUGAGACUGACGAGUCAUCAACAAAACACAAUUUGUACUUAGAUAUGAGUGACAGAGACGACGCUCUACUAGCCGCCGAUUGGUUUUUCGUAAAGGUCGUUUUGUUUUGUAAUUAUUCCUGCCGGGUUCUGCAAUGUGUCUGUGGCGGGAAAUAGAAUUACAAAAAUUAGAAAUAUGGCGUAAUUAAUGGAUCAUCUAUGUUGAUAAUACUGACGAUUGAGUUAUAUAAAGUGCAAAGUAAAAACUUAUUAGGACUGUACUUGGUUAGUACUGGUGAUAAAUUUUUACUGGAUAUUAAUUGUGCUGAAUUGAUUGAUUAAUUAUUUAUAUUCAAUAUUCUUACUUGUCUCUAAAAUAAAAUUGACUUCAUUGUUCUGGAAAUAAAAUUUAAGAUCAAGGUUGUACAGAGAUGUAAAAUAUUAUUCCUUAUAGAAAGUCCGUCAGCUAUUUGAACUGUGUGUAUAAGUUGCUAUUUAUUAAAAGUGUCUCAGCUUGAACUGUUAGGAAGCUAUUCUAAUGUUACAAUUUAGCGCUAAUACAAAUAACUGUUAACUUAAAAUGUCGGAUUAAGCCAAGUGCGUACACUUUCGCCCUAUUUUUCACUUUAUACCUUUAUUUUUCAUCUAAAGUCAUCUCCCAUCAUUGACUGAAUUUUAUUUUUCUUUAAUUAUUAUUAAUUAUUUUGUAUGAAAAAAUUUUUUUAAACUAGAACAAAAGCUGUUUUUAAAUUAACUCUAAUUUAAUCUUGCGCCUAAAAAAAGAAGCAUAUUUCAUUAUUGAAAAAGGUAUGGCUUUAGUACACAUUGUCUAAAUGCCAAUUUCAUUCUUUAAAAAUGGCGAAUUGCGCCAAAUGUUUAUAUAGAAAAGGCAAACGGAAAAUAUUCGAAAGGUGGUCGUUGAACUUUCACUAAGUUUACUGGCCCAUUGUGGUAAUUCAGCUGUACAAAACAAAAUUGACAGGUCUUAUCCUUUACGGUAGAGAGCAUUGUGAAAGGGAUAGCAUUAGGCCUGUCAUUUCAGUUUAGAGAUUGUGUAUAACAGAAUUAGUCACAUAUGUACCUACUAGGCUCAUCACAGUUUCCUAUAUUAAAUGACUCUAUUGACUACUAAAAUUUGCGCACUUGGCUUUUGCUCUGCCAAAAUUAUACAGUGUAAGUUGAUGAAAAAUAUUGUAAGAUAUUUUGAACCUGUUUUACAUUCAAUAAAUAGAAACAAUAAGUGUGGACUGACUUGGUGCCGCGAAGAGUGAAUUAAUUUUAACCAAAUAACUUGCCAAUUCUGUUGUACAAAAUCUAAACUAAACUAAAUUGACUUAUCUAAAUCUACUGCUAUCCUUUUCCAAGAGGAGCAUUAUAAAGGGAUGACAAUACAUUUAGACAUGUCAUAUUAGUUUAGGGAUUGUGUACAACACAGUUGGUUACACUGAAAAGUCCAUUUGAAUUCUAGCUCGUGUGUACUAGCAACAAAAAGUCCACAUUUACAAGACAUCAAUUUAAUUAUACUAGUCAGCCUGCUUUGUUAAACGUGGCUUUUAAUAUUGUUUUGUUAUUUUUUUUAAGAAUGCGAAUGUUUGAUCAGAUUUUUUUUCAUAAUAUCAUCACAGGUUACUCCAACUUUAUAACUUACAUAUUCAUAUUUAUCUAUGUUAUGUAUUGAGAAAUAUAUGAUAUAGUAAUAUAGGCAGCGGAUAGCGGAAUCUUGGAACGUAGUCUAGAAGGUUAUGUGUGAAAUUUUCAUCCCUUAUAAUAUAAAAAAAUUGAGAAAGCUUUGACGAUAAUAUGCAUCUUAUUUUCUUCUCAAAUAAGGUCCAUAUUAAAUCGCAAUACAUCUCUAUUUCGAUAUGUUGGAUCGGAUGUUUAUUUGAAACAAAUGAUAAAACAAAAAUGAGACUGGUGUUGAUAUCGGUGAGUUUGUGAUAGAAAAGGAUAGAGAAUGUUGUUAGGAAAUGUCCAUAGUGUGAAGUCUGAUAUUUUUUUUUUGUUCUAAUGUCUUCGUUUACAGCACUACCAUUUUUAUAAGUCGUAUCGGUAAAAUUCGUUUGCGCAGAAAAAUGCAACCUAACGCCGACUAAAACCGAAUGUACACCAAUGAAAUACAGACCUUAUUGCUUCACGUUAAGAUUUUAAACACAAGAACAAUAGACUCGCGCUAUUUCGCUCCUAAUUCGCGCGUACAAAACAUGGCGCCGUAGGCAACAACCACGUCGCCGCUAUGUAUGGCUGAGAUAUUUUCGCGCCAUCCAAAAAUAAGAUUUCUGCGCAGGUAUAUCGGCGUUACUUAAAAAAGUGGUAGUAUUGUACUUAGUUUUUGAACGGCAGCCGUACUGUCGUAGCCACUAUAGACUGAACUGUUAGAUAAUUCGUGGCUAGAUACAAUGACGGUACUCGCUGAUAGAACUUUUACUCACGGUAUCAUUUUAUUAAUCGUAUAACUACUACCAUUAUUUACUUGAAAAUAUAUAAAUCAAAAGUUUCGAAAUACUACUAGCUUUACCGUGUGUAAUCCGUCUGUACAUUGUAAAUUACUUUAUUGAUUCGACAUCGAACUUGAAAUGCAGCAUUAAAAAGAAAAUAGUAGGUAAGUAUUUACACAGGAAAUGGUACUACAAAUGACGUAUAAACUUUUUAUUUGUUUCCUCGCACAUUGUGUAAAAGAUGUAUGCCGCUGUAGAAUCAAACCUGUUGACUAUUUUCUAGUUAAAAAGUUCGCUGCUUAAAGUUUAGGAAGUGUCUAAAUGUCGACAAGCGGUUGUUCUAUAAUAAAAAAUAUCCGGCCACAAGUUUUUUAUUAGCUUUUAAAAUUCGUUCAUGACGCAACAAUUAAGGUUCAAUUUUUAAUGGAAGUGUCCUAUCCCCUAGAGUGUUUAUGUAAAGCUCGAAACCAGAAGCUCGCAAAGAAGGUCCUGAAUGAAGGGAGCCUACGAGGCCGAGCGGACUAGCGAAGCGAAGGUGGGCUGAUUGAAGAGGCGACAGAGCGAGUCUUCUGGUGUAGCCGAUCUAAAAAACCGGCCAAGUGCGAGUCAGACUCGCGGACCGAGGGUUCCGUAUUCGGGUAUUUUUUCCGACAUUUUGCACGAUAAAUCAAAAACUAUUAUGCUUAAAAAUAAAUAAA